AUGGAUCCAAUCAAGUAUAUAUUUGAAAAGCCUGCGUUAACUCAAAGGAUUUCUCGAUGGCAAAUGUUGUUAUCCGAAUAUGACAAUGAAUAUCGCGCUCAAAAAGCCGUGAAAGGUAGUGUGUUGGCAGAGUACCUUGCUCACCAACCGAUUGAGGAUUAUCAGUCUGUCAGAAUGGAUUUGCCAAAUGAGGAUGUGAUGUAUUUGAGAGCUCGAGAUUCUGAUGUGCCAUUGCUAGAAGAAGGACCGGAACCUGGAUCCCGAUGGGGUUUAGUUUCUUAUGGAGCUUCUAAUGUUCAUGGUCAUAGAGUUGGUGCAGUUAUUAUCACUCCACAAGCUGAAUUCAAUCACAUCCCUCGAGAUGAGAAUCAUAUGGUUGAUGCUUCGGCUACAUUGUCUUCCAUGUAUAAAGUGAAUUUCCAUAAUGAUGAACCUCGAAUUACAAUCAGGCGUAUUGAUAGACAUGCUCAUGUGUUUGCAGUUGGGGAGUGGGUAGAAGCUGCUUCCUACGCUAAUGUGACUAGGCAAGUUGUGGUCAAAUUUAUCAAGAACAACAUCAUUUGCAGAUAUGGUGGGCCAAGCAAAAUCAUUACCGAUAAUGGUUCAAAUCUGAAUAAUCGUAUGAUGAGAGAACUGUGUGAAAGCUUCAAGAUUGAACACCACAACAAUUCGCCUUACAGGCCAGAGAUGAAUGGAGCAGUUGAAGCAGCAAAUAAAAAUAUUAAGAAGAUUGUUCAGAAAAUGGUUUUUACGUACAAAGAUUGGCAUUAG